AUGGCCGAAACUAAAGCUGCUGAAGCAGCAUCUUCCUUCACACGUGACGAUAGCGCUUUCCAUCCUAUGUCGGAGCCCACACAGGUGACCUUCCCGUUAAAUUUUACUCAUCCACAUUAUGCCGGAUAUAUUUGCUUUAUAUCUUAGAA